UCAAGAAAAGUCACUUUAUUGGCACUUUUGUUUUGCCUAUAAAUAGCUAGCUAUCUUCUAUGUUUUUGAACAUAAAUGCAUCUUUGCUAAUAGCAACAGUAGAGUUUUUAAUCGAACUUACAAAAAAUAUUUGAGAUGGAUCAUGAACACUCAUUAAAAAGGAAGCCUCCUGGAGAACCAUACACAUGCAGCGGUUGUAAAGAAUUAGGUUUUGGAUCAAGUUACCAUUGUGAAAAUAAGAAUUGCAGUUAUGUCCUGCAUGGAGAAUGUGCAUAUCCUGAUCCUCAUGCCCGUCAUCCAUUUUUCAGGAAAAGCUGUUUUGAUUUCCUUAGAAAACCACCUGGAUAUAAAAGAAGAUACUGUAAUGCUUGUGGAGGAGAUGUGUUAGGGUUUGUUUAUCAUUGCUCUAAAACAGGAUAUGAUCUUCAUCCUUGUUGUUUGAAGCUGCAAGAUAGUAUUUCUGAUGGAGACGUGAAACUGCAACUCUAUCGUAAAUCUCGUUCAAAGUGUGUAAAAUGUAAGCAUAAGCAUGUUGUGGGAAAUAUUCAAGGGUGGUCUUAUUAUGAUGGAAAUUCUAGUUAUCAUGUGUCUUGUUUCAAGGCUUUGAUACUUGAUAAUUGGAGAAGGGGUUGUUUUUCUCAAGGUCAUAGAUCAACUACAAAUCUAGCUACUACGAGUGGUGGGGCAACUACUCAGCUUACAAUAGUCGGAAGAAGGUCAGGGAGAAUAAGGAGCAUGGUUGCAAAGAUGGCAGUAGUGGCGUUCAAACUAAUAUUUUCAGCUAUUUUUGGAAAUCCUAUAUCUUUUUUUACUACUAUUCUGGAAGUUAUUGCUUCAAAUUAACUAGACCAAAAUCAUGUGGCUUGCUUUUACAUUAUUUUUUUUCUUUUGGUGUUUGAGUUUGAAAUAUAUAUGUAAGAUGAAUAAAGCUUAAGUGAGUGAAUGAUAUUUGUAUUAAUUAUAUAUGAAAUAAUGUAUUAUAAUCUAUGGAAAUGAAUAAAGUAUGGAGUGAUUGAGAUA